UUUAAACAGCUGUGCAGCUGCACAGCCCGGUCUGUUAUAUCAGAGCCAACAACACUGGAGAACCAUGCAAAACUGCAGGCGCUGCUUCAGCCUGCUGGGCGUUGUGCGGCAACCGCGCUGUCUGCGCCCGUGCUUUUUCGUCGCUCCAGAUUCGAAAAGGCUGCACCGGGCUGCCAUUCAACUAUCCCGGAAAAAAUCGGAGACGAACGUAUCCGCAUUGUUUAAGCCGGUGCAGGUGCAGGCCAGCGCCGACUCCGAAGACGUUGGUUCCGAACUUGUGGGCAAGCUGGAAAAGUCCGAACUGCUGAAGAUCCUCAACAAAUUCACUCAACGCCGCGAAAUCAAAUCACUCUGCAGCGAAAACGGACUAGACGCCUACUUACAGCAACAGGCUUUCGGCUCAUUCCGCAGAUACUGCAUCGAGGCGGAGAACCUUCCUGUGGAUCUCCACAUAACCUUCAGCGAUAUUACUCAAGGAGCAGGCCACAUCGAUGAUAUUUUUCCCUAUUUCCUGCGCCACGCAAAGAACGUGUUUCCCCACUUGGACUGCAUGGAUGACCUGAAGAAGAUCUCAGACCUGAGGCAGCCUGCCAACUGGUAUAGCAACGCUCGCGCCAUAACCAGGAAAAUAGUGUUUCAUGCUGGACCUACGAACUCCGGAAAGACAUACCACGCCAUGGAAAGGUACCUGACUGCGAAGUCUGGUGUAUACUGCGGACCGCUGAAACUCCUGGCCACAGAGGUGUACAACAAAGCCAAUGAACGGGGCACACCCUGCGACUUGGUGACCGGCGAGGAGCGCAAAUUUGGAAUUAGCGAAAGCUCGCCAGCCGACCAUGUUGCAUGUACUGUCGAGAUGACCUCGGUCAACACACCCUAUGAGGUGGCUGUAAUCGAUGAAAUACAGCAGAUCCGAGACCCCCAGCGUGGGUGGGCAUGGACACGGGCCUUUCUCGGCCUGAUCGCUGAUGAGGUGCACGUUUGUGGGGAGCCAGGGGCAUUGGAUCUUUUGCAAAAGAUAUGCGAGACCACCGGCGAAACAGUUGAGGUGCGGCAUUACGACCGCCUCACGGAACUAACUGUUGAAAGCACUGCUCUGGGCUCUUUGGACAACGUCGUGCCCGGCGAUUGCAUUGUCUGCUUUAGCAAACACGAUAUAUAUACCGUAUCGCGAGAAAUCGAGGCACGGGGUAAGGAAGUGGCCGUGAUUUACGGCGGCCUUCCUCCUGGCACCAAGCUGGCGCAAGCCGCCAAGUUUAACGAUCCUGCGAAUAGUUGCAAGGUAAUGGUGGCGACCGACGCCAUCGGCAUGGGCUUGAACCUGAGUAUACGGCGAAUCAUAUUUUAUUCGUUGAUCAAGCCGACGAUGAAUGAGCGAGGAGAGCGCGAGAUUGACACAAUAUCGGUUUCUUCGGCUCUACAGAUUGCGGGAAGAGCGGGUCGCUUCCGCACACAGUGGGAGCACGGCUUUGUAACUGCCUUCAAGUCCGAGGAUUUGCAGACCCUGCAGCGCAUAUUGGCCCAGACACCCGAGCCGUUGAAGCAGGCGGGCUUGCAUCCGACGGCCGAUCAGAUUGAGCUUUAUGCCUACCACCUGCCAAACUCGUCCUUAAGCAACCUUAUGGACAUUUUUGUUAACCUGUGUACGGUUGACGACUCCCUGUACUUUAUGUGUAACAUUGAGGAUUUUAAGUUCUUGGCCGAGAUGAUACAACAUGUUCCGCUGCCUUUGCGGGCCCGCUACGUCUUUUGCUGUGCCCCUAUCAACCGCAAGAUGCCAUUUGUUUGUUCCAUGUUCCUAAAGGUGGCUCGACAAUAUAGCCGCAAUGAACCCAUUACCUUUGAGUUCAUCCAAAAAAAUUGUGGCUGGCCAUUUAAGCUGCCGAAGACUAUUCUAGACUUGGUCCAUCUGGAAGCCGUUUUCGAUGUGAUGGAUCUGUAUCUUUGGCUAAGCUAUCGGUUUAUGGACCUAUUUCCCGAGGCAGCUAAAGUGCGAGAGGCCCAAAAGGAACUGGACGAGAUUAUACAGCAGGGCGUCUUCCAAAUAACUCGCUUGCUUAAAAACACGGAAGCCAGCCAGGACGGAGAGAUAUCGAGCUACGCAAUGCGGCGAGUGACCCACGUCAAAGAACCACGAAUACCCAGCGCGUCGCGUGGGCGUCUUACCGAAAGGUUGCUCGCCCAGGGCCUCUUGACACCAGGUAUGCUCAGUGAGCUUCGAAAGGAGUGGGACGCUCAGCAAGGCGUAAAUGUAAACACAUCCACAAAGGAAGGUGAGGAGCCAGCUGUUGAUAGUGACGACGAGGCUAAUUACUCAGGAAGCGGAAGAAAGAUAAGAAAAAAACGUAGAAAAUAAAAAGUGUAAUUUAAAUUGUACAUUAAGGUAUAAAUAUGUAUAUUAAGGUUUUUU